ACCAAGGCAGUUUAUAAUUCAAAUACAGUAGAAAUGAAAACAAAUUUACUUUUUCUUUAUCCGAUGGUACACACAAGGAUUUAUAGUGAGCAAGGAAUUAGUUGUAUUUGUUUCACUAUAUCGAUCUAUGGAUCAAGAUGGAAGUUACUGAUACUACAUCAACAGCUGAAUUGACUUUAAUUCAAAUAUAAAAACAUAUUCACUCUUGUCAAUAAGCCGCUGAAGGCAGCCAUCGAAGUAAUAAUUCCAAGGUAAUGUUGGAUAAUAGUUUAAUUUAACACGAAGAAUGUCGUACCGAACUAGAAGAGAACGRGMAAACCAAGACGAUUUUAGAGAGCGCGAAUUUCCUUCGCGAACUCAGAAACGUCAACCUGCAAGAUACCCGGACUCGAUUGAAAAUGAUGAAGAUAAAUUCACAAAUAAYGGCAGAAGUUACAAUAGUCGAAAUUUUUCACAGUCAAACAAUGAAACUACAAGAAAUAAUCCUACAGAAGAAAACAGAAGAGCUGUACGUGUGCCGGAAACAAAKAUUCCGGUAGCAAAGAGAGUCCGYGUACCAAAUACUCGCACAGAAGAAGAAGAUCGAGUCACUCCAGUACGAGAGAGAUUCCGAGCUCGACACCAAGAAGAAACGAAUAAAAGAAAUGAUUUUCAGAGAAAUAAAAUAAAUGACUCAAAGAGGGUUACUUUUUAUCGUAACGGAGAUAAGCAUUUCAAAGGAAGGACAUUAUUUAUUACCAGACAGAGAUAUCGCUCUUAUGAGAGUCUGCUGGAAGAACUUUCUCGACUUAUACCACUACCUUAUGGAGUUAGGAAUGUUUUCACUUCUGUCGGAAGAUUGAUAAAUUCUAUUAAUGAGCUCGAAGAUGGCGGGUUCUACAUUUGUUCUUCUGGGGACCAAUUAAUUCGAAAUGUUGACUACGAAAAAAACGCUAAAAUUCURAGUAAAAAUGAGAARGAAUUACCCGAAGGGAUGCAAAACAUCGCAAUUUCUGCGCCUUCAGACAGCUCCUCUACAUCAAGCAGUUCUAGGUCAAAAAACUYACAWACAAAGCCUAAAAUUAUCACAAUCAUUAACCAAGAAAGAGGAUUAAAAAGUAAGAUUUUAUUGAACAGAAAAACAGCCAAAAAUUACGAAGAUAUUYUGYGCGACAUCUCAGAAAUGAUGAAGYUACAAGGAGAACAUGUACAAGAAUUGGUUUCUGAAAAUGGAAAGAAGUAUCCUCCAUCGAAAAGAAACAAACUGGUCGCCGACGAAGACGAACUUACUUCGGCACCAUCAUCAAGCCCGCAAYUGAACUGGGUCUAUGGCUACCAAGGUAAAGACACGCACCAUAACCUGCACGUGCUACCGUCAGGGGAAAUCCUUUACAUUGUAUCGCGAAUAGUCGUCAUAUACAACAGAAAAACAAACACACAAAGACAUUAUAUCGGCCAUGCAGACGAUAUUAAAUGUAUGGCUGUCCAUCCAAACCAAUGGUACAUCGCUACUGGACAAGUAUCGGGGUUAUCACUUGAUCACAAUGAAUUGAGUCAUAUUCGAAUAUGGGACAGCGAAACCCUUCUAACGCUCAAUGUACUACAACUUGAUGAUUACAGUCUGAAUAUUAUCUCCAUGGCAUUCUCGGUAGAGGAUAAUGGCGAUAUACUGGCAGGUAUAGAUAGUAGCGGAGACAACUUCAGGCUUAACAUCUGGGAAUGGAAGGACAGUAAAUGCUUUUUACAAAGUAAAGAAUUCUCCAGUCCAGUGUCAGUAGUAAUGUUUGAUCCUGAAGAUAACAAGACCAUCAUAUCUUGUGGAAGAGAACACAUCUACUUCUGGCGAUGGCACAACGGUAAACUGGAACGAAAGAAUGGCUUGUUUGAGAACAACCCUUUUCCUCAGUAUGUGACGUGCAUGGAUUUUGCGAACAAUGGUGACCUUUUUACGGGAGACUCAAAUGGAAGCAUCACAGCUUGGAGUAAAGUCUCCAAGAAAGUCAAGUUUAUGGUCAGGAACGCUCAUGAGAAGUCGAUCCUGUGUCUAAGUAUUUUGGAGAGCGGUCUUCUGCUGACAGCUGGUGGCGUAGAUGGCAAAAUUUGUGCUUGGGACUCCACGAAGUACUUCAGUGUGCCUCUACAUGAAAUACAGCUUCCUGAAUUAACCGGCAUCAGUGCCCUCGAACCACUGAACAGCGGUGAUGGCAAUGACGUCACUCUAAUACUCGGUACAACAACCAAUAGUAUUUUAGAAGGAUCACUUACUGGGCCUACUACAACCAUCGUCAAGGGUCACAAGUUUGAUGUACCAUCGUUUGCAGUACACCCUUCCAGGGAUAUCUUUGUCACUACCUCACUUGACAAAACAGCCACAUUAUGGUCAGCUGUGAACAAGGAAAUUCUGUGGACCUCUGAUGUCGAGUUUGCCAUCAGAGUCGCUGCAUUUUACACGACUGGAAGUGUCAUUGCUUUUGGAACAACUCAAGGAAGGUGGAUUGUACUGAAUGCAGAAUCGGGAGCACAUCAAGCUUCCUUCCAAGAUGGUUCCGAACCGAUAGCCGACUUAGAAUAUUCUCCAGAUGGAGAACACAUAGCAGUGGGAUCUAAAGAUGGUAAUAUCUACAUCCAUGCUGUAUACGACGAUGGAAUGACAUACCGUAGAGUAGGAUGCUGCUCGGGCCAUACAAAUCCAGUUAUGUUCUUAGACUGGUCAGCGGACGGCUGCUUUGUACAAAGCAUGUCCACAGAGUAUGACAUCAUCACUUGGGAGAUUGGUGGUUUUGAGAGGGAAAACUCACAAAACGUCAUCCGUGACACUGAAUGGAAUACACGCAACGUCGUUUUGGGUUAUGACGUAGUAGGCGUCUGGAGGUCAACUCCAACUGAGGGGAAUCUAGUAACAAGCUCUGAUCUUGCUUGGUCCCACAACUUGAUAGCUAUAGGAGACGAACUGGGUUACAUACGGGUAUUCAACUAUCCAUGUUACUAUGACGAGAGUCAGUAUCAUCAAGUACGUGCACACAGCUCUACUGUUUUACGGGUGAUGUUCUUAUCAUCAGAUAAGUAUCUAUUGAGUACUGCUGGUCACGAUUGUGCUUUACUGCAGUGGACCAUGGAAGGCAAGAUGAAACCACAAGCCAAAUCAGCGCCUCAAAUAAAAGAGGUUCUUUCAAAUUCUGACGAACAUACUGACCAAGAUGCACAUGACAGCGAGCAAGUACAAAGCUUACCAGAAGACGAAAAACCUACGCGUCUCACAGUGAAAGCUCACAAUCAUGAUAGAGUGGACUAUUCUGACUCAGGUGAGUACAUGGGAAGUGACGACUACUCAAAUGAAGAAAACAACCUUUCAAAAGAACGACAAGGGCAGCAGAGACGACGAGGUCGCCAUGACAAAACCAGACCUCGUCGUUCUUUUGAACAGGAUAUGUACCAAGAGCGUGACGAGACAAGCGACGAACGAAAAAAGAAAAUACUUCGACAUGGUAGAGCGACCAAACGAUAUGAACAAGAUGAUGACGAUGACUCGACUGAUGACUACACGUAUGAUGAAGAUGACAUGGCUGACAUGCGACACCAUCGAAAAUCUAAUUACAAACCACGAGGUCAUAUCAACGAUGAUGUCACUGAAAAACGCCAAAUACGGACUUAUGAACCACGUGGUGCAGGUUAUGACGACAAAAUGAUUGACAAAGGACAAACAAGGAAAACUAAUAAUUCUUACAAAGCACGUGGGUAUGCAAAGAGAAGAAGUCCAGACCAUGAAUCCRAGAAGGCUGACAGCAAUUCUAAAUUAUAUAUACAAAAUAGGGACGAUCAUAGAUACUCUAAAAGAGCUCAAUUACGCAAGCGUGGGUUCGAAUCCCGCUUCUGACACCUAAAACUUGCAAUACCCCUCUCCAGCUUUGGGAAUGCUUGUUCAAUUUCAAACAUAAGAAUACAAUCAUUUUUUUUUUUUUACAGUCAGCUAUAACCGUGUAUCGUCUCAAAUGUUAAUGCAAAAACACACGAUCACAUUCUUGAAGUAUCAGAAAUAGGAACAAACGCUUCCCAAGUCUAGGUCUGUACAUUUAAUCCUUUGCAGUGACACUCCGACGUCAUCAAAAAAGCAAGUUUGAAAAUAUACAUAGUUACUAGUCACUUUCCUGAAGUACGUCAGAUAAGCGCGGCUCCAAAUUGUGCAAUUCCUACAUACAGCCCAUCUUGAAAAGGUUGUCUACCUAAUAAGACAUUUCCAAUGUUUCAUUGGCCAUGUGGCUUAUGAAAAUAUUCACUUUCCAUUUGUGUAAAUGGUCUAGAAUGUCAGAUGUGUUUUAACGGAAUAAUAAUAAGGUGUGGACCUUAGCUAAAUGUCCAUAUGCAAUAGACCUAAUUGACUAACGUGUUGCAAUGUACAUUACCACCAAAUUCAAAUCCAGUGGGCAAAAGAACUUUUGUAAAAGAAUUCAUCUGUGAAAUGAAAAUACAGYAAACAAUGAUACUUACUCAUGGGYGGUUUGAAUUGGGUGGAUAUGUUUGUAGCAACGCGUUAGGUAUAUAUCAAGAGMCUUGAAAAUAGGAACAUUAGGAAUGUUUUUUUUGGUGGACAACCUUUUCCAGAUAGAUCGGCUGUACAACGGUGAAGAACUCUUGGAAUUAUUUCCUGUUGAAAUGUUAAGGACUUCUCGACGGAAACURAUGCUAUAUUGUGUUAAAUAGUUUAAGAGGAGCAUUUCCGGGCAUUAAGCACUCAAUCAAAUGAGAGAGAAGGAUGAAGAACCGACAUUGUGCCAAAUAUAAUAAGCCUUGCUGUUUGACGUCUUCAAUAUUUCAGCAAAAAUCAAGGGUAUGAGAUAUUUCCUUUUGUGUACAUACAAUGUCCGCUUACCAUAAUGAGCAAUUGCAAAUMGUACUGUUUCAUUGCUUUUUUACAAGUUACUUCAAGGAACAAUUUUAUAACGAAGAGACA